UGUAUAUCACUCCUUUUUUGUUCAUUUAGAUAUAUUGAUUGUUGUGAAAUUAGUUCCUUGACUGCAAGAAAAGAAAGUAGACCAACUUGAACAAUGGCAUCAGAUAAACCACCUCCAUACAGUGCAACUGCAGCAUCAAAUGAAGCUUCAUUUAUGGCAUCAGCACCAGCAGAUGAGGCCACCAAGGCUCAACACCCACCUCCAUAUGGAUGGACUCCAGGAAGUUCCUCUCAUGCACAUCCACCUCCAACAGGAUCUUAUAAUGCUGGAGGGACUUAUGGAGCCACUGAUACAAGCUACCCUCAAGCACAAGUGAUAAUUGUCGGAGGAUGCCCUGCAUGUCGUGUGGGGAUACUAUAUGAUGACUUCACACUUUUGGGGAUUCUGAUGGCCAUACUCUUCUUUCCAAUGGGGAUUCUCUGCUGCCUUGCUCUGAGGCAGAAGAGGUGCUCUAACUGUGGUGCUAUUUAUGGAUGAACUUUUGAUCAUUCCACAUAAUGCUAUUUUGUGAUAUGAGUUUGAGGCCUCUACAAGUUAUAUGUGACAGCUUCAUACCAUCAUUUAAAUGCUUGUCAUGUCUUGAUGUUUGGGCUUUCUCUCCAUCCAAGCUUUGUUUUAAAAUGUCACAGUGCAUGUCUUUUAGCUUGUAUCUGGCCUGCUGAGAUUUUCCUAUGCAAGGGUAUAAUCUGUUCUUCAAUGACAUCCCUCAGAAAUGACAGGAUAUUUGACACAGGGAAUGGAAUUAUUUCACUUGUGAUCUGUGACUUCCUUUGUGUGGUUUAUUAUAUGCAGCCCAGGAGCAUUCAUUGCUUGUGCUGAAAAGGAUAGGCCUGGAAAGCUGAAUGCUAUCUCAGGAUUUUCUCUGCCUUACAAUGACUUUUUGCGCUUCUGGUGCUGCUACCUGCAUCUGAUUGUAAUGUCUUUAACCCCUUCAGGAGUGGGUUUUUCUGGAGAUGUGUGCAUGCCUUCAUUUCAAAGCUAUCUAUUCAAAGUCAUUCACAUAAAGAAGUGGGAUGUACCAGUACGUCCGUACUCCUGAAAGGGUUCAUUUGAAUUUUUUGUCUAAUUUUUGCAAGGUUUUUUGUGUAUUGUAUUUGAUUGUGGACAUUCAGAAAGGUUUGACAUCAAACCAGUCUUAUGUCAAUAUAGAGGAACUAUGAUUUGAUAA